GUUUUUGCGCCCUAAUCAGCAGAGACGUACGCUACAUUCUUUCACUUGGUAAAUGGAGAGUGCAAUUAGAAUAAUCAACACGGCGAUUGAAAGUAGUAGUGAUUCAAUUUCGGAAAAAGAAGAAUGCCUCGUCCGUGGAUUUGGUUCAGCGGUGGACAGUGCCGUAAGGAGUAGCACUGCGCCAAAUUCAGAAGUAUCCUCCGUCCAUGGAUUCGGUCGCGCAGUGGAGAAUGGCAUCAAGAGUUCCACUUCAUCAAAUUUGGAAGCACCGGAGAGUGCUGAUAGUUUUGGUUGGACGGUGGAGAAUGCAACGCGGAGUAGGGUUGCGCCAAAUCCACCUCCUCUCUACGGUUACUCUUCGACAGUGGAUCAUGCCAUUAGCAGCGACGUUGGUGUCGAAGCUGAAACUGAAGAGUCGCCCAGCGGCACCUUCUACGAAGGCUUCACGGACGCAAGGCGAGGGAAAGAACAACCCACAUUGCGAGUGUUUUCUUUGGAGGAAUUAAAAUCUGCUACGAAGAAUUUCAAACAUGGCAACAUUCUUGGAGAAGGAGGCUUUGGCAGUGUGUACUGGGGCCAACUAUCGGAUGGAUCGCAAAUUGCCGUUAAAAGAUUGAAUGUUCGGAGCAACAUAACUGAGACAUUUACGGUUGAACUUGAAAUCUUGGCAAGAGUACGACACAAGAAUCUUCUCAGUCUUCGUGGUUACUGUGCCGAAGGACAGGAACGGUUAAUUGUGUAUGAAUAUAUGCAAAAUCUGUGUCUCCACUCUAGUCUUCAUGGACAUUCAUUGAAAUGCCCUCUGGAUUGGAAUCAUCGGAUGAAUAUCGCAAUUGGUUCAGCUGAAGGAAUUGCGUACCUUCACCAUCAAGCAACACCACAUAUCAUCCACAGGGAUAUUAAAUCAAGUAAUGUGUUGCUGGAUUCUGAUUUCAGACCCAGGGUUGCUGAUUUUGGGUUUGCUAAGUUGAUCCCUGAUGGAGCAACACAUGUGACUACAAAAGUUAUGGGAACUCGUGGCUAUCUUGCACCAGAAUAUGCCAUGUUAGGUCAAGCAAAAGCGAGUUGUGAUGUCUACAGUUUUGGUGUUCUCCUUCUGGAACUCGUGAGUGGCAGAGGACCAAUCAAAAUGCUUAGUUUCGCAGUGAGGAGAUCGAUAGUUGAUUGGGCAUUGCCAUUGGUUUGUGAGAAGAAAUUUAGUGAAAUUGCUGAUCCAAGACUAAAUGGUAACUAUGUGGAGGAAGAGCUUAAAAGAGUUGUUUUAAUUGCACUUAUUUCUGCUCAGGAUCUACCUGAGAAGAGACCAACCAUGCUUGAUGUGGUAGAGCUACUCAAGGGAGAGUCUAAGGAUAAAUUUUCUCACAUAGAGAACAGUGAAAUGUUCAGAAAAACUCUAGCUGCUGAUGGAACUUCAGUUGCUGAAGAUAGUUUAGACUACAUCUCAGAAGAAAAAAAAUUAGAACGCCCGUUGAGAAAGAAUGCUUCGUGUUUUUUUUGUUCUUGCUGCAAUUUUCAAGUCAAUACUCGGAGCCGUUUCUUAGAUUGGCUUGGGUAUGUUUGCUUCAUGUGUAAUUGAUAACGUUGUUGUUUUCUACUUUUUUU